GCGGAUGACGUUGUCUGGCUAUGUUCUGCAGCUGACCGCGCGCAUCACUCGCCAAUGUCUCCUCCCGGCUCAUUCAGUGGAGUGGAGGCCCUGGCUAGUGGUAGAUGGAGCGAACAUUGCAAAUUAGGCAAUGAGGUCCGGUUCCAAGCAACUCAUACCUCUCUCUACACAGCACAGCGCGGAGGCCAGAAAGAAAAGCGACAAGGCAGAUCGGGAUACAAGGCACCGACGUUCCCGACAAUGACCAGGCACAUCAAUGGCAACUUAGGUUGCCGGGGAUUCAACUCAAUGGGAGUUAAUGCCAUUGCUUUCGGCAACGGCUGGAUGGAUUGUGCCAGAAUUUGAAGUUCCUCCGAAGUGGGUGGGCGUAGGUCUCCGUCGAAAAGAACCCACCUACCUCACUUUG